CUGCCGCUACACUAGUUUACCAGCAUUUGUUUCCUUGUGGCUCGUUCAGGAUCUGCACUAUACUACUGCUACCUGAUAAGUGAUACUACCUCGUAGCCUAAUUAUGCUCCAGCCUCCAUCGGCCUACCAGUAAUAUUGGUAACACUAACGCAUCACUCAAAAGCUACCUCUUUUUACCCACUAGUGUGAGUGUGACAAUGACUCUGACAGCGGUAAAAUAUUUCUUUUCUGCUUUCAGUUUUGAACACCUGCAAGUUAAACUUUAUAUGUAAGAGGUCAUGGAUGAAUGUAGUAUGCUGCUGUAUUACGUCGGUAUUAAUAGCAGUAAAACAUUUUCUUUCUGCUCAUUCAGUUUUGAACACCGGUAAUUUGGGACGCAGGGAGUAUGUAAGAGGUCAUGCACGUAAUGCAGUAUGCUAUAAAACGUGUGUCGAUUUGUGCAGGUCACAAAUUGCUCUGUUCUGUAUGCAACUUUUCAGGAUUACACAUUGAACCAUACACUGCACAGAUGAUCUUUUAAUUAACUUUUUUUUUUGCAAGAACUUCAGGGUGCAUCAUAGCAAGACAAGAGCGCACUCUCUUCAGGCCAAAAAUCCACUGUGCCUUAAUUUUUCUAGAAGCCGCAACCUGCAAAACCAAGGGCCUUUGUGUUUGUGUCUCUGCCAUGUCUAGAGAUCAAGGCUGGGCAGACCUGCCAGAUGUGCUGCUUCAUUCCAUCAUUGCUCUGGCAAGCUCCUUCACCGACCUCUUUGCCUUCGCUCACACCUGCUGCUCUUGGCGUGCUGCCUUCUUCUCGUAUCCAUCGAAGUCUGCCUUCUCGAUGAUCUUCCCGCCUGUGCUCCUGCAACCUGAUGCCUCCGUGCACUCUCCAUGUCAUCGCCCCCUUGGCGAUAAGCGUACAUGUCAUGUCAUUGAUCCAGCCAGCAAACACUCGCGUAUUGGCUACCAUAUUCCCCUAGUUAAUCUUUCUCGAGCAAAUAAUCACCCCCAAAAUUCUCUGGGUAGUUUUUGCUUCCUGGGUGCUUCUUAUGGCCAUCUCAUCUUCUCCAGGAACAGAUCAUGUCUCAUUGUUGAUGUGUUUACAGGUGUUAGUUUUUCACCACCACAGAUACCGGGCGACGAAUCCACCGAGGUCUACUACGGUGCCCUCACGGCUCCUGUAGAGUCACCCAACCCAUAUCUCAUUGCCACCAAUGAAUCCCACAGUUACUUUUGGCGUGUUGGCAGUCGCUCUUGGUUGAGAGCUUGUCCUUGUGAUGGAACUGUCCAGCAGAUUGUGACCUUCAAAGGCCAGGUCUUCGGCUUGGACUCUGGUGGCAUGCUCUUUGUUGUGCACUUGGCACCUUUGAUUCGCGUACGGAUGAUGGGAGUCAGUUGGGAGGAAAUCUCCACGCGUCAUCUUGCCAACCUAUAUCUGGUGGCGUGUGGUGAUAUGCUUCUCUUGGUCGGGUGUCAGGGGUCGUUUCCGGCAAGAGGGGAUACCUUCGAAGUCUUCCGCCUCGACCAGUCGACUGAACAUGCAAUGUGGGUGAAGGUGGAGGAGUUGGAGAAUUGGGCGAUCUUCAUCAGCACCGACAAGAGAAGCCAGCCAUUAUCUUUCAGGAACCCGGAAAGGUGGGGAGGGAGGAGCAACUGCGUGUACUACUAUUCCCAUGAUUCCGAACACUGGGCUGCAUUUGAGCUGGGGAAGCCUGCCUCCAGCCGAAACAGCUUUGUUUUCAUAAGCUCUGGCAAUUUAGUGCAACCUAUGUGGGUUGUCCCUAGCAUGUUCUCCCAGUCCCCGUGAUGGUUGAUGAUGUUAACGCAUUCCUUGUUUUAGGCUUCGGCUAUUACUGCUGACUGGAGCAACUUCCGCUGUAAGAGUGUGUAAGAAUGUUCUGAAACAUCGAUAAGAAUGACUAUGUACUAUGUUGGCACUACUCUGCUGUUAUAAUUGGAGUAUGGCAAUAUUUUGUACUCAA